AUACAAUCAACCAAAACUCCAUACGCAUCCUGAUUCCUCUUCAGCCUUUGCGCCUUUGCGCCUUUGCGCCUUUGCGCCUCUGCGCCUCUGCGGUCUGUUUGGCUGCCUCCAUGGCUGCAGAGUAUAUACGUAUAUACCACCAUGUAAUCGAAUGCAGACCCACGAAUGGCUUCUUGCCUCACACAAACCCCCAUGCCACACCGAAGCCGCAGUCAGCUACAUGAAUGAAAAGAGGUACCGGUCCUCUAUACGAUACCUAUACGUAUACCUACUUGGCUCUGUGUCGGACACGCUUUGCACCCGGCAUGAGUCACCACGAGAGCGGGAAAUCCGUACUCAUAAACUCACACUUCCAUCCCGCUCAUGAGCAUAAAAGAAAGAAAAGGUAGUUGCAGUCGUUGGAGCAUCAUCCACAGAUCUGCCACAUAUCGAAGUCGACAUAGUCAACAAAGAGACUCGAGUGCUAGAGGAUGCGUACUCGUACUUGAUACUGCACCAGCACCUUGACGUCAACUACUCCGACCCCUGGGCUAACUUGAUUGGUAUUUGACCGGCCGCCAUCUGGCAUCCAUCCAUAAGGCUGAAGCAGGUGCCGUUGCUGGUGGGUUGGUGACAGGGCGGACAAGCGAAUAGGCAGCAGUUUACUCCUCACCCGCGUUCCACAAGCAGCUGGACGAACAUGAACGUGGGGAAGCAAAAAGAGCCGCGAUUGGCGCGGCCCGUCAAGCUGGAUGGUCGCAAAGGAGAGGGCGGAGGUCAGUUGGUGAGAAUUGCCAUAUCUCUGGCUGCCAUCACGGGAACCCCCAUUAUCAUUGAUCAUAUCCGGGCCAACAGAGAACGAAGAGGUCGUGGUGGAGGUAAACGAUUCCCAUCACAUUUCCCUCACCUCUCUUCUCCUCUCUUCUCCUUGCUCAAUUGCACAAGAACAUCAUCCCUUCAACCACAGCAAUCAAUAUUGGAGUUGCUGUGCAAAGGGUAACAACAAUCAAAGUUGAAAUGGUUGUGCUUUCUGUCAUGGUUCAAGGAGCCCCACAAUCACCUGCAAGCCGAGAAGAUCACGCAGGACUGACCUCCCACACAGGCCUCAAAGCACAACAUGUUACUUGCAUGAAAUAUUUAGCAGAUGCGACAAACGCCGAUGUAUCAAAUUGCUUCGUGGGAAGCAAAGAUAUAGAAUUCAAGGCAAAAUUGUCACCAUCUCAAAUCGUCAACCGGAAUAUCAAGAUCAAAUCGGAUUCUGCGGGUAGCGUAAUGCUCGUCUUCCAAGCCCUUCUCCCCUUCCUUUUACACGCAAGCGACAAGAAAGGCACCCCAAUUGCACUCUCAAUUGAGGGUGGGACUAACGUCGGCUUUUCCCCUUCCUUCAAGUACAUCGAUCAAGUGUUGCUACCAUCCCUCGAGCGAUUUGGAAUUAAUGUGGAACGCCAUUUGGAAUCUCGAGGAUGGUCCCGUGGCAGCAGACAGAUAGGUAGUGCCAAGUUCAAGAUUGAUCCUAUCCCUCUGGGUCAGCCUCUUUCUCCACCUGAUUGGCCAACAGAACGAGGUUAUAUAACCAAAAUCGACAUUUCAAUCAUCGUCCCGUUAGCAAUGCAUGGGUCCAUGAAGAAAGCGUUCCUAUCAGAGCUGGAGACUGUGUUUCCCGAAACCAAUACAGACUUCUUGAUUGUGGAAGACAGCAGGCAUAUUGCACGUCUUUAUACCAUUCUAGUCGCCUAUACUUCUACUGGCCUGCGCUUUGGGUGCGAUUGGCUAUACGACAGGUCUUCGAAAAACAAAACGUCCGAAGAACUCAGUACAGAAAUGGCAAAGAAAGUUGUCAGCAGUCUGAAUUUCGUGGUCCGAAAGGGUGGCUUAGUAGACGAACACCUCCAUGCUCAGUUGAUUAUUUUCCAAGCUCUUGCUGGAGGGAACUCUGUGAUUCCCGGAUCAGCAGAGACAGCGAACUCUAGCCGGCAGCGGAUAGAGAGAACUGAUCGACCGUUCGGAGACGGCAGCCCACACGCCACAACAGCAAGAUGGGUGACGAGCCAAUUGUUCCCAAAUCUAAAGUGGGUUGACAAAGGAAGAGUAUGUGUUGGGGCAGGCUGGACAUCUGUGGAGGUAGAGGUUGAAGCAGCUGAGGAAGCGAUCUCAGCGGUCCGAAUCGAUGAGCCGACGCCUGUUUUACUAUAG